UGAUUGGUAUAAAUUAGCUGCAAAUCGUAAACUCGCCUUCGACAUUUCUCGCAAUUCUCUCUGCGAUUCUCACCAACAUCGUCAAAGCACUAAUAUAUAAAUAUUCAGUAGCUGAAGAUUUCAUUUGCCAAACGACGCACGGUGACUCUGUUAUUACUGUAUUUAUUCGCUCUUCUUCGUUUCCCUAACUAGCACUUCCACAAAACAAGAGGAAUUUGCUUACGCAUUACAAAGAGAAUAAUGGGAAAGCAGAAAGGAGAAAACGCCAGAAGCAAGUCACGCCCUUCCAGUAGCAGUCUCGCCGCCUCGCUCUUGCCUUCCGGCCCCGCCGCCGCUGCCGCCGUCGGAUUCGGUGGUUUUGUCGGCAGCUCGCGCCUUGAUCUUCCUUCUUCGUCCGAGGACUCCCUCCCCUUUGUCGAUGUUGAUAGUGAGCUUGCGGUUCACUUGAAGAGGCUAGGCAGGAAGGAUCCCACCACUAAGCUUAAGGCAUUGGCAGCUCUAUCUAUGCUGCUUCAAGAAAAGUCUGCAAAAGAAAGCAUUCUAAUAGUUCCGCAAUGGGCAUUUGAGUAUAAAAGGCUUUUGCUGGACUACAAUAGGGAGGUUCGGCGGGCCACUCAUGAUACCAUGACCGCUCUUGUUACUUCUGUUGGGAGAGAUUUAGCUCUGCAUUUGAAGACUUUGAUGGGACCAUGGUGGUUUGCUCAAUUUGAUCCAGUUUCUGAAGUUUCUCAGGCAGCAAAAAGGUCUUUCCAGGCAGCCUUUCCAGCACAGGAAAAGAGACUUGAUGCUUUGAUUUUAUGCACAACACAAAUAUUUAUGUAUUUAGAAGAAAACCUAAAGCUCACACCGCAAAAUUUAUCUGAUAAAGCUGUAGCUACAGAUGAGUUAGAUGAGAUAUAUCAGCAGGUGAUAUCAUCAACGUUGUUAGCAUUGGCCACUCUUCUUGAUGUUUUAAUUUGCUUACAACAAGGACCUGGUUUUGAGAACGUAACUACUGAACCUAAACAUGCUUCUAAGGCUAGGGUGGCUGCUGUUUCUUUUACUGAGAAGCUGUUCAAAGAUCAUAAAUACUUUCAUGACUUUUUGAGGUCACAAAGGCCUAGCAUUCGAUCAGCUACUUAUAGUGUAUUGAAGAGCUUAAUAAAAAAUAUGCCACAGGCUAUUAAUGAUGGAAAUUUAAAAACUGUUGCUGGUGCAAUUCUUGGUGCUUUCAAUGAGAAGGAUCCAACUUGUCAUCCCUCAAUGUGGGAUGUAAUAUUACUUUUCUCUAGAAAAUUCCCAGAUGGUUGGUCUUCCUUAAACAUUCAAAAAAGCAUACUAAAUCCAUUUUGGAAUUUUCUUAGGAAUGGUUGUUUUGGUUCCCAGAAGGUUUCAUAUCCAGCUUUGGUUUUAUUUUUAGACAAUGUUCCACCUACAUCUGUCAGAGGGGAUAAGUUUUUUCUUGAAUUUUUCAAGAACUUGUGGGCUGGAAGGAGAAUUUCUCUAUCUACAGAUAGACUGGCAUUUUUCCAGGCACUGCAAGAAUGUUUCCUUUGGUCUUUGAAAAAUGCUUCAAGAUAUAAUGAUGGAGAAGAGUCAAUCUGUCAUUUCCGAGUCACUCUUGUUGAUCAUGUCCUUGUAAAGCUUUUUUGGAAGGAUUUCCUUACAGCUGGAACCUCGAGAGCCGAUGACAUAAUCAACGCAGGAAAAUCAACAAUUUCAUCGGAGGAAAAUGUUUCUGAAAACGAGAAAGUGGAUAUGCUGAGUAUGAAGUAUCCUAUGCCCUAUUUGCAAGAGUUGGGGAAUUGCUUUAUUGAAAUCCUUUUAGGCAUUUAUAUAUUGGAUAUCAAUGUUCUAUCUGUUUUUAUUGAGGAACUUCAGGUUAAUUGCAUGGGUGCUCUUGAGCAAGCAGUUAAUGUGGACAUUGUUGAACGAAUCAUUUUGUUCAUGUUUUUGCUGGAAAAACAUGCUGUGCUGAAAGGUGCAAUUUGGCCAUUGGCCUAUAUUGUGGGACCAAUGUUGGCGAAGUCUUUCUCACUCAUUAAAUCUUCAGAUUCACCAGAUACUGUGAGACUUCUGUCAGUUGCUAUUUCAGUAUUUGGACCACAAAUGAUUGUCCAAGAAGUUUUUAUUAAAAACAAAGGGCAUUACUCUAGUCAGGUUUCGUGUAAUGGGGAUAAAUUAGGGGAAGCUGAAGACUUUAUGCAAAUAUUCAAGAAUAUAUUUGUUCCUUGGUGCCUGCAAUCAAAUAGUUGCUCAACCAGUGCUCUGCUAGAUUUGUUGUUGGCACUGCUGGAUGAUGAGUAUUUCUCAGAACAAUGGUCCUUCAUCGUCAACUAUGUGAUUGGCCAAAGUUAUUCUGAGUUUGAAUCAAGGUUAUUAGAUGCUGACCAUGCGGCAAUAUUGGCUAUGCUCCUAGAAAAAGCAAGGGAUGGGAGAAUGAAGAGGAAAGUGAAAGAUGAUUCCAGUCAUAGUCCAGGCAGCAAUGCCAAAGAUUGGCAUCAUCAAUAUCUCGAAUCAUCUGCUAUUGCUGUUUCUCAAUCCCUGCCGCCCUUCAGCACUUCUCAUGUGCAGUUUAUAUGCUCUCUUCUCGGUGGUUUAACAGAAGAAAAAUCUUCUUUUUUGUCAAGAAAUGCUUUGAUUCUCAUUUAUGAAGAGAUUUUCAGGAAGUUACUAUGUUUUCUCCAGGCUUCACCUUUCUUUUGGGUACAGAAUGCAGCUUCUGUUUUAAUCAAUGAUGAAAAAAUCCCUGUAGAAUUUGAUAGUUCUCUCAACAUUGUUGAGAUAGCUCAAUUUUCUCUUGAGAUACUUGAUGGUAGUUUCUAUAGCCUGAAGACUCUUGAUGGGGAAAGUGGACUUGUAUCUGGAAUUUUAUCUGCAAUUUUUGUCAUUGAAUGGGAGUGUAAUUUAAGCAAAGCACUAGGUUAUUCACUUGAUGACAAUUCAAUGAUACAAAUCAAGCCCAGGAUAACAUUUGGUGAAUUAGUGUGUGCUUUCCAUAACAAGAUAAAUGUUCAAUUUUUGAAAAGCCUUUGCUCAGAUAGCCGCAAGAGAUUGUCAAAUAUCUUAGUUCAGUCAACAAGGUUAGCGCUAUUUGCCGAAGACAGACUUAUUAAUGAUGAAAUUGUAUCGUUAUGCUGUACAUGGGUUCUUGAAGUUCUUGAGCAUGUCUGUGUGGAUGAAAAUGAAGAACAAAGUCUGCUACAAUAUCUACUGAGUAAGGAUGAAAUGUGGCCUGCGUUUGUUACUCCAAAUUUUAGCUUGACAAAGGCUUCUGGAGACAAGAAGUUUGUUGCUUUAAUUGACAAGUUAAUAUCAAAAAUAGGGAUUGAUAGAGUUAUUUCUGGGUGUGGUGUUCUUAAUCCAUCUUUGCUUGGAAAAGGUCAAGAGCUUGCAUCUUCUGCAUGGUUAGGUGCUGAAAUCCUGUGCACGUGGAGAUGGCCUGGAAGCUGUGCCAUGUCUUCUUUCUUACCUUCAUUCUGUGCUUAUGCCAAGGGCAAUAAUUAUGUCCAGGAAGGCCUGUUAGAUGAAACAUUGAGAAUUUUGCUUGAUGGUUCCCUUGUUUAUGGAGGCACUGGCACAAAGAGUUCCGUUAGUAUGUGGCCAGUUCCAGCUGAUGAAAUGGAAGGUGUUGAAGAACCAUUCUUAAGAGCACUUGUUUCGUUUCUCUCUGCUUUAUUCAAAGAGAAAAUAUGGGGCCCAGCAAAGGCAUCCAGUCUGAUAGAACUUUUUGUGAAUAAACUCUUUAUUGGGGAAGCAGUUAAUACUAAUUGUCUUAAGAUUCUACCUUUGCUUAUAAAUAUACUUCUAGAACCAUUUUAUGGGUAUGAGGAACCUGGUACUGGUGUCCAUCAUUGUUCUUUAGAAGAAAGAUUCGUGCAAAAUACUAUGAUAGACUGGCUGGAGAGGGCACUAAGUCUUCCACCUUUGGUCACAUGGAAAACAGGAGAAGACAUGGAAGAUUGGCUUCAGUUGGUUAUUGCCUGUUAUCCCUUCAUCUCAGUGUCUGGUCCACAAGCAUUGAAGCCAGCGAGAAGUAUCAGCUCUGAUGAGAGGAAGCUUCUCUAUAAAUUAUUCCAGAAGCAAAGACAUGUUGCUGGUGGAUCAGCUAUAUUUAAUCAGCUUACAGUGGUGCAGAUGCUUCUAUCAAAACUUAUGAUUGUUUCUGUAGGAUAUUGCUGGAAUGAAUUCUGUAAAGAAGAUUGGGACUUUUUAUUGUCUAACCUAAGGUGUUGGAUUCAAUCAGCAGUUGUCAUGAUGGAGGAUAUAACUGAAAAUAUAAAUGGUGUUGUUGAUAGCUCAGCUGAUAAUUUAAAUCUGAUGAGUCAGAAAAUUGAGCAAAUUAUUUUAAUUUCAGAUCCUUUUCCAAUAAAGAUUUGUGAAAAUGCCCUUUUCUCUUUUUUGCUUCUCCUUAAGCAUUGUAAACUUCAACAAGAUGAAGAGAGAGAUAAUCUAAGUACAUUUAAAUCAGAAAAUUUGGAUUCUGUUAAAGAUCGAAUUCUAGAGGGUGUCCUCCGCCUACUAUUUUGUACUGGAAUUUCUGAGGCUAUUGCAUCUGCUUGCUGUAAAGAAGCUGCCUUAGUUGUUGCAUCAUCACGGGUUGAAUAUACACACUUCUGGAAUUUGGUAUCUUUUGGGGUUGUUAAUUCCUCUUCACAAUGUAGAGAUAAAGCAGUGAAGUCAGUUGAAUUUUUGGGACUAAGGAAAGGGUCUAUUAGCUCUUUGUAUGCUUUACUUUUUACUUCCAAGCCAAUUCCUCCAUUGCAGUUUGCUGCAUAUUUUGUUCUUUCAAAUGAGCCUGUUUUAAGCAUUGCCAUCCUUGAAGAUAAUGCUUGCAACUCAAACGUAUAUGCUGCUACUGACGUUGAUGUCAGGGGGCAUGACAUGUCAAUAGAAGAAAAGGUCCAUCUGAAAAAGGAAAUAUCUGUCAUGGUAGAAAGGGCACCUUUUGAGGUUCUUGGAACGGAGUCUCUUUCACAUCAACGCGUAAAUCUCUUCCUUGCUUGGUCUUUGUUGUUAUCACAUCUACAGUCAUUAUCUUCCUCGUCUCAAAGGGAGAGACUGAUCCAGUACAUACAAGACUCUGCUACUCCAGUUGUUUUGGAUUGCCUUUUUCAGCAUAUUCCUGUAGAGACUUUCACAGUUCAGAGUCUAAAGAAGAAAGAUGCAGAGCUCUCUGGUGGUUUGUCGGAAGCUGCAAGUGCUGCAACCCGUGCCACCACAACUGGUUCACUCUUGUUUGCUGUGGAAUCUCUUUGGCCUGUUCAAUCGGAGAAAAUUUCAUCACUUGCUGGUGCAAUAUAUGGUUUAAUGCUCCAGGUUCUUCCAGCUUAUGUACGUGGCUGGUUUAGUGAUUUACGUGACCGUAACACUUCAGCUGUCAUUGAAUCCUUUACAAGGACUUGCUGCAGCCCUCCUCUCAUUGCAAAUGAAUUGUCUCAGAUUAAGAAAGCCGACUUUCGUGAUGAGAAUUUCUCAGUAAGUGUAAGCAAAUCAGCAAAUGAGAUUGUUGCUACUUACACAAAGGAUGAAACGGGAAUGGAUCUAGUCAUUCGUCUCCCUGCAUCUUAUCCACUAAGGCCAGUAGAUGUUGAUUGUACAAGGAGCCUUGGAAUUGCUGAGACCAAGCAAAGGAAAUGGUUGAUGUCAAUGAUGCUAUUUGUUCGUAAUCAGAAUGGGGCUUUAGCAGAAUCUAUAGGAAUUUGGAAGCGCAAUUUCGAUAAAGAAUUUGAAGGUGUUGAGGAGUGCCCGAUCUGUUACAGUGUAAUUCACACCGCAGACCACAGUCUUCCUCGUCUUGGUUGCAAGACAUGCAAACACAAAUUUCAUUCUGCUUGUCUUUGUAAAUGGUUUUCUACUUCUCACAAAUCAUCAUGCCCACUGUGUCAAUCUCCGUUCUAUGGUUUACACCUUGAGUAAUGAAUUCAAUUUUACCAAUUUUUCUGGCUGGUGAUUUCUUGCACUGAAAGUAGUGGAUGAGGAGAAUGUCUCGACAUAUGAGAAUCAACAGUAAUUUCAAGCAUUGAGAAUCAAUGCUCUGAUUGAGGCAGGGACAACUUACAAACUACAACAGGUUACCGAAGCAAAAGUGAUUUACAGAUUCUUUUCUCCACUAAGCUUCUUUUUAGUCACAGCGUUCAACUCGAAAUUAAUGAGGAAGUUGAACAGUGGUUUUUGCGGCAACAGCAUGGGUGUAUCAUAUUUUCCAUUAGGAGAGGUGAAUCAGAUUCCUUUUUCUUUUGUCAUAUUUAUCCUCUCAUUGAAUUUUGCUUCCCAUGGUUGUAAUAGUUAUUGCUUCGCAUUGUUUUUGUUGUUUAGAGGAGGUUAGUUCUGAUCAAACAGGUAGUCUGAAUCAGAAUGGCUUGUACAUUUUAGAUUAUUUGAUUGUCAUGGAAUCACUCAUAAAGUAAAGGAUCAAUAUUUGGGAAUGAGUGAUACUUGAUCAAUUUAAUUGUUUAUUAGAAUUUAAUUUUAUAAUAUCAACUUACAGUGA